AAAAUUAGACAAAGCACAAACAAAAUUCGACUUUCAUUUUCGAACGUUAUAAUACAGACGAUGUAAAGCUCUGAACUGCAGCCUUUCUAGUCAGAAAAAUACAUGAAUUGCAUGCAAGAGAGGUAGUGUCUAGUUGACUUUAGUUCGAUUUUACUUGUACAGAGCAGCACAAUGGCAGGAAAUACAGCUGCUUGUAGUGACACUUCAGAAGCUAUAGAUUUGUUCAAACCUCAGGGACUUUAUCUAAAACCAAUAGCAAAAAUUAAUGUUUGUGUUCAACUUCCUGCAUUGAAAGAACCAGGAAAGACUAUUUCUAAUUGGGAAGUCAUGGAAAAAAUCAAACACAUGAUUAAACCUCAUGUUUUCUUGUCUCUCAAAAUCGUUAAAAGUACUCUAGAGUUCAUCCGACUAGAAGGUGAAUUGGAGAAUAAAUCUUUGAUAAAAACCUUGAUGCAGAGAUUGGAAGGUAAGACCAUCAAACUCAGUGGGUUUUCAGAAACAUUGAAAGUGAAAGCUGGGGAAGCAAAAAUAUCAUUUCCUCUCAAACAUGACUGGGACUCUUAUUUUAGAGAUGCAAAACACAUGAAUGAAAUGAAGCCAGGUGAAAGACCAGAUACAAUUCACUUUAAAGAUCUGCCGAGUCGAUGGUUUGCAUCCUAUCACAGUAAAACCAAAGACAAGCCAUGUGAAAUGGUUUUACGGAGAGUGUUUGAGGGGUUCGGUGAAAUACGCUGUGUAGACAUUCCAAUGUUGGAUCCAUACAGAAAAGAAAUGGUCCCUGGGAUCCAGACAUUUUCAUUUGGACAAGAUCUGACAUUUGAAUCUUAUGUGCAAUUUAAGGAAUAUAUUGGGUUUAUGAAGGCUAUGGAUGCCUUGAGAGGGAUGAAGUUUCUGUACAUUGGAGAAGAUGAAAAAGCCUACACUGCUAAUGUUAAGGUUGACUUUGAUAAGUCAAAGCAUUUAUCAGAUAAAUGUAUUAAGAAGAGAAGAAUAGAAAGAUGGAAGUUACAGUUACUUGAGAAAGAAAGAGAAGAAAAAGUGAAGAAGGAGAGAGAGGAAACAGAAAGAAAACAAGAGGAAGAAAGGUUGAAAAAAGAAAAUGAAGAGAGAGAAAAAGAAAGGAGAAGAACAGAAAAAAUUGAAAAGAAAGAACAAAGGAGGAAAGAAAGGGAGGAAAAGAGACGAUUGCAAAGAUUAGAAAAAAGAAGACUGGAAGAUGAAAAAAAAUAUCAGAUUAAAUUAGCAUUAGAAGAAAGAAAGUUUUUAAUAGCUCAGAGGAAGUUAGAGUCUAUCAGAUUAUUAACAGAGUUAUUUGAAAGAGUUAAGGAAGAGAAAGUGAAAGAAGACCUGGAAAAGCGUGAAAUAGAACUAGAAGAUGAAAGGAAGAAACAAGUAGAAGCUGAGGCAUUAAGGAAAUCAGAGGAAAAACAGAGAAAAGAAGAACAGAAAAGAAAAAGAAAGAUGGAUUUAGAACAUCAAGAAUAUGAACUCAGACACAAAAUACUCAAAAAUGUUCAAGCGAAAGAAGAGAAAAAAGAGGAAGAAAUAAGAGAACAGUUGAGAAAAAAGUUGGCAAAAAAGAAAGGAAAAGUGAAAUUAAAAAGUGCUAUUGUCCUGAAGAAAUGACUUGCCAUAAACCUCAACAUUGGUGCUGUUAACAAUGUAUUGUCACCAGGUUAAUCAGGUGACAAACAUUUUGAAUGUAUUAUUGACCUUCUGAAGGUUGAAUUAAGUGUAGUAGAGUAACACAAAAAUAGGGAUGUCAUGAAACACUUGUUAUACUAAUCUGUUGUCAUUGGAGGUCCUUUUGAUUCUUAGAAAAGUACUGAUAAAAUAGUUUGUAUAAGCUUGGCACAGAACAUUUAGAAAAGAAAGCGUUAUGACUGUUAGAUGGAAUUGAAAAGUUUAUUAUUGAUCAUACAGGUAUUGUGAUUUGAUCAUUUUCAAUCAAUGUUCUUAAUGUCAAAGUUAUGAAAGGUAGAAUGUUUUAAUGGAAUAUCAUAAGGCAAGGUAAUUGUCUUUUUUUUGUUUGUAUGUGUUUGUUCAUUUGUACAUACUUUAUUCAGUAAACUUACAGGUUUAUUUGUGCAUACAUGUACCUACUGAUCAAAGAGGCUGAUUCAACAUUGAUCAUGUUUUCAGGCUACUUCUUCAAGUUGUGAUAUUAAAAACAGUACAGAGUAAAUUUGUUUCAUUUAUAAAUCUGAGCACAUUUCUGUCUUUCUUUUGUAACAAAUGCAGUUCCAGAUCUCAUUUACUUAUUGCAUUCAAAGCACUUUUAUAGAUAACCCAAAUGAUUCAGACCCGGUUCAUAUUCAAUCUCUGUACUCACAAGGGUCUGAACUCUUCAUACAAUGGAAAUGUGUCAAUAACAUGGAAAAAAUUAAAGUGAUGUAUCUAUCUAUAUAUUCACUGUCAUGACUGUUUUGGAGAUGAACCAGUUCAGUGCUUUGUCAGUUUAUUGUGGUUGCAAAAGAGAGAGGCUGAAAAUACUAAAGGACAACUUACUGUAUCAUUUGUAGCCCUUAUCUAGAUCUUGUACAUUAUUGUAUAUUGUAAUCUUAAGUGUAUCUAAUUGUAAUAUUUUGAUGACAUGGUCAUUUCCAUGGAGUUUCUACUGCAUUGACUUUUUAUUUACUUUUUUGUCUUAGUUGGUUUUGUUCUUUUCAAAUUUACAUUUAUCUCAUAUUUUUUUUUUUUAUUUCGUUUUAAUCAUUCUUUUGUUUUACUCUUUUAAAUGUUACAGUUACCAGAGAAGGGGACCAACAGAUCUUUUGUGUUUGGUGUAUUUAGUGUAAAGAAGCAUCUUAAUCUUACAAAUGCAACAUUCAUGUGAAGUGAUGGGAAAAACAUUUGUAUAAUUUGAAAUCAGUUUUGGGAUUCCCAUUGCUAAAUACCAUUUGCCAUUUGUGUAAAAUUUGAUGGUGUUUGGUAUCAACAACUCCUAAUCUGUAAUCUCCGCUUGAUUUCAGUAAUCUUGAUUAGCUAAUGGCAGUUUAGACCUAUUCUAUUUUUUAUCCGACUUAUAUAAGUUAUGGGGUUUGUCAUAGCAAACUAUGAACUUUAACAUAUAAUUACUAAUAGAGAGAAGAGAAGUAUGAUUAUGCGAUUUCUGCAUUCAGUUUUAUUACUAAAAUUUCUUUUCAGAUUUUUUGGUCAACAAACUUUUACAGUAAACUGUAAUGUACAGUACACAUACAAUUUUUUCAAAGAUGAUUGUAAACUGUGACUUUUAAAAGUAAAUAAUUAGUAUGAUAUACAUACGGAGUUAUUAUUAUUAUUGUGUCUUUCGAACUAGUACUUUUAUGUACACAAAUUGUUUUAUAUUGAACUUUGAAGAAUAAAGCCAUUUUGUUUUGUUUAA